UGCAACUUGGAUGCUGUCGUAAUAUAUGCGGUAAAAAUGGCCACGGAAAAGAACGUGCAUGAUGGUUUUUGUCAUCGAAAAUUGCCAAAAAAUGUUGGAGUUACGCGAGACGCUGUUCUUAAAUACCGAACUAAGCAGACGAGUGACUGCGCAAUCGAAACAGUGAAACUUAAAACGACAGUUAGCAGUACCUGUAAAUUUUACAUGGACGCUUUGAGAGCCGUGAUCGUUGCUCUGUCACUGCUAGGAGUCGCGAUAAUCUACUCGGAUAUUGUUGAAGAUGAGACCGAAUUCCCAAACCAGGAGUCAGAUUCUACCCCAUCGACGGAUAUUAACGUGGAGGCCGUACUAUCUGGCCAGCUGCUAACAGGAGAAUCAGGUUCCUUUGAGUCACCAAAUUAUCCUACAGCUGACCACCAGUUGGACUAUGUAUGGCUUAUCAAAGUGGGACCCACCAAGACUGUCAGACUAGUUCUAAUUGAUUUCGACACGGAGACAGGAUUUGAUUACAUUAUUGUUCAUGAUGGUGAUAGUACGGAACAUCCAAUACUUUUGGUCCAUAGCGGAAAUUCCGUACCUCCUCCCAUUCGAUCUACUAGCCAUAAAAUGCUUGUUCGUUUUAUCACGAAUAACAAGGGCACUAGCCGAGGAUUUCAUGCCAACUUCUUUGCUGUUCCACCAUGUUUCAAUGCCAUUCAGUCUUCAUCAGGUGUUAUUGCGUCCCCCAGUUUCCCAUUCAGCUACGACAGCAAUAUGCGUUGCGAAUGGCUCAUCACCGUGGGUCAUUCAGAGAGAAUUUUAUUGGAAUUCUUCGACGUAAAUACCGAGAAAGACUAUGAUGUCAUACAGAUUUACGAUGGUGAUAGCGAUCGAGCUCCAUUUCUCCAACGAAUCAGUGGGGAUCAUCGGAACGAAGUCCUCUUUCAAGUGUCCACUUCCAACGUCGUAUUGGUUAGCUUGACUACCGAUGAAAGUAUUUCUGAAACUGGGUUUGCCGCAAAGUUCACAGCUGGAAAUCAUGCUGAUCUGAUGCAGUAUUUUAUGGAGGAAUAUCCAGAUUUUUUAAAAGACUCGGAGCUGAACAGAAAAACAGAGGAAGAACAGGAUGGAAGACAGGAAAUUAAAACCACGAUAUCCGACGCAAUGAUUUUUUAUGAGGAAGGAGUUAAAUCCAGCAACAUCACUUCCUCAGACUAUGCUGAUGCUGUUUCCCUUAUGCAAUAUUGACUGCGUUAUCGCUACCUAAACACGUUAUGAAACCAUAGAUAACGAAACACGUCAAAGAAAACCAAACCGGCAAUUGACACAAAUUAAACUAUUAAGCAACCAAUUUUCUGUGGAUUCCAUUGUUAGGUAGUAUAAAAUCGACGUACUUUCUUUAUUUAAUAUUUCCUGUUUAGGUACACACUUGAAAAUAGUAAAAAGCGUUUGAGGCCGCAAGAAAUUUUGCUAUUACUCCUUGGGUGUCGCUUAAACAAGUGACGUGUACGAUAAGCAACAAAAUGCUGUUUUAAAUUUUUUAAUCACAUUGAAAUUUUAUUAUUUCCUGUAGGUUUUCCCCAAUAGCGCGAAAAAUGCAAAUAGACGGAACAGAAGAAUAAGUCCUCCAAGGCAGGCUAUAUCCCGAUAGAAAUAUUCCUGUUUAUAAUGGCAGACGUGUGGGAAAAAAUUAACAGGUUAUCGAAUUUACUAUUCAAGAGUGAAAUAGCACUUACGGGUUUGAAGUUGUAAAUUUCUAGAAUAUCUUCUCCGCUGCAAGCGACGUUUUUCUCGUAAGCCGUAUACAGACCAGUAAGGAUUUCCACAAAAUUGACAAUUUCGUCAGGUGCACAUUCAGGGACAAGCUCAUUUAUGUCAGAGACGUUAUAGCCGACGUAUUGACAAUCUGUAUUGUUGAAUUCGACUUUGUACCACUGGUUAAUGGAUAAUGCUUCGUUGCCGUACAUGAACCAGGACAAGUAACGUAACCAGUCCAGAUAAACGGGAACCGAGCCAUUCUGCAGGAAAAAACCACCGAAAAGCAGCACUGGAAUAAUCAUUGGUGCAGAUAUAGCCAGUGCAACUUGCGGUGUUGAAGCAACGCACGAAACAAAGUAGCC